AAUCACUACACGAUAUAUUGAUCACAGAAUCACCGUCACACUCGUAACCCCUUCUAUUUAUUCCCCACGCGGAUUCGCGUUCCGAAGACACGAUGUCUAAACGACUUCUCCCGAAGCCUCCUCGACCUGCACACCCGUUGUCUCAAGUACAUCUGCCACCCGGGUCUGCUGAAGAAGCCAUCGCAUCUAUCAGAGCUUAUGGAUCCAGUUUUCCACAAGCUGCUGAAUCCCAGACAGCUCAGAAAUCAACUAAUCUCCAGAUUCCUGCUGUGCCAGCAACCGGACAGUCUCAGCAACCUCAGACCGGAGCGCCCCUUUCUGAGAAAGCUAAGGGAAAACAGCCAGAGAAGGCUCAGGAGCAGUCUUCAGCAUCUCAAAUUCCUGUUCCACAGGCAUCUCAACAGGCUCAACAACCUCAGACCGAAGCACCCCUUUCUGAGAAGGCCAAGGGGAAGCAGCCAAACAAAUCUCUGAAGCGGUCUAUCGACAGCGUCGAGCCCUCAACUUCCCAGGAAGGUCCUCCUCUCAAAAAGCCCGUUCCUGCUGAUUGGUGGGAGGCCCCCGGCUUCUCUGAAGCGUUCAAGCAAUUCCACAGAGACAGAUACCGAGGCAAACGAACUUUCGCAUCGGGUCUUACUAAGGGAAUUGUUGACCUGGCUAUACUCGAACACAAGAAGAUCCAGGCUGCUGCUGCCGCUCAUCAAGCUACUUCCGACCAGGUUGUUGCUAAUCCGGCUGCGCUUGAACAAGACACUGCCACGAUAACUGCAGACCUUCAAGCUCUCGAGAACCUGCCCGGCGACCUCUCCUCCGACAUGGGUACAGACAAUCAACAGACAGCCCUUGGCCCUCCGAUUGACCCCCAGCUUCAGGAACAGUAUGUCGAUAGCUCCAUGGACCCUCGUGCUCACGCAAUGUUUGUCGGAGGUGUCAAGCUCAGCCAAGUUGGCUUGGGGCCCGAUUCUACUCUUCCCAAGGACGAUGUUGAUGGUCGUUUCAAGCUGAUCAAGACUGAGCUCAAAAAUCAGGCUUCCAGAGUACCCAUCCCUCCCGCCUCUGCACUUCCUCGGCAGCCGCCCAAGGCAUUUGUUGGUGGUACCUACCAGAUCCCGACCGGUGUUGAAGACCCUCGUCUCAAGGAGGUCCUGAGACGAAGGAACGAAAUUAUUCUCAACACACAGAAACAGGUUGAUCUUGACCGUAACAACUUAGCUGCAAAGGGAACUCGCGAGCGACGGGAAGAGAAAGAAAAAAAUCUCAAAAAGAUCAUUAGCAGGUUACAAGUCGAAAUGAACUGGUGGCGUCUCAAGGCUGUCUCUCUUGGCGGCAAUACGCGAGAAUGGGAUGGUAUCCCUGACUCCCUCAAGAACAAAAUGUUACAAGAUAUGGAUGAAAAAGUGUGCAACGCCGAGCUUGCUCAAUCGGCGGAAACUAAGAAGAUCAAAGGAUUAGAACAUUCUGCUCGAAAUACAGAAAACGCACGACUGUUGAAAGAGGACGGCGCCAAGAAGGAGAAGGUGGUUCAAGCAAUCAUUGCUGCCAUUGAGGCUAAAGAUCGUGAAUCCCAGGACGCCAAGUCUCAGGGAAUAGAAGCCCCUGAGAUGAAUCUCGACGAAUUCGUUGAGAUGACCGUUCCUGACGAUGAAAUCCCUGUCGAUACCACUACCGCUCCCGGUGUGACGACUUGGGACACGGCCGAAGCCCCUACUCCUAUCGAUGGCAACCUCAACAGUAUCUAUGUCAACACGGGGGUCAGCGACAUCAACAUCAAUAAUCGCGGUGUUCCAAUUGAGACUACAACCAAUAUCGGUGAAAAUGCCAAUGCUGGAGGCGCAAUCGGACAUGUCAACACUACUGAUGUCAACAAUGCCAUGGAAGUUGGCAAUCCUAUCAAUAUCAACAGUUCUAUGGGUCUCAACAAUGCGAUGGAUGAAAACGCUAUGGAUACUGACAACAUGGUCGGUACAUUCGACAUGAGCGACGGCUCCCUUCCUCCAAACAACUGGGGCUAUCAAGCAAAUGGUCAGAUCGACAAUCUCCCUGUUAUGUCUAUGGACUUUCAAGGUGCUCCCCUCAACAGCUAUGGCCUUCAGGACAACGGCAUGCAGAACAACUGCCUUCCUGACGGUAAUUUGACUGAUAAUGGACUCCAGAAUAACGUCUUUAACGGCUUUGACCCCCAAAACACCAACUUUCCCAACUUGGAGUCUCAGGGCAAUGGGUUUAUGCAGAACGGUCCCCAGGACAGUUCCUUUAUUAUGAAUGAUAUUCAGAACACUGACUUCUCCAACAACGGCCUUCAGACCAAUUCUUUCACCACCAAUGGUUUUCAGAGAAUUAACUUUCUCGACAACGGUAUUCAGGGCAAUGCCUCUUUUGACAACGGUCUUGAGGGAAAUGCCUCUUUCAACAACGUGAUUCAGGGCAAUGGCUCUUUCGACGACGGUAUUCAGGGUAAUGGCUUUUUCGACAACGCGAUUCUGGACAAUGCCUCUAUCAGCACUGGUCCUCAGGGCAAUGGUAACGCAACGAAUAAACCCAAGCCCUAUAGAGUCACUAAGACCAGCAAGACUAGCAAGGCCAGCAAGAGCAACGGCCGUACGAUCAAGAAGCCCGAGAACAUUAGAGGCGAGAUCACUGGAGCCGAUAUCCCUAGAGUUGAGAGCCCUAACCCCAGAGUCGAGAACCAUAACCCCAUCAACCCAAUCGUUCUCGCACACGCUAGACUUGAUCACAUCGAUUCCAGAGACCCCUAUGCCUUUGGCGGCCGACCUCCUAGUGCUAGUCAACAGAUUAUCACUCCUCGGGCGAGCGAUUUCGCAAACGACAAAUACCUGACAUAUGAGAACUCUUUCACAAGCGCGGGCAACCAAAGUCUCUUUACAUCUGAAUAUGAAAUGGUCCCUUCCGACCCUCACAGCCAUGAACUUUUAGCCACCGACUACCCUCAAAAUCACUCCAACUACAACAACACCUUCGUUGAGCCCUUCGAUACUCAGGGUUCCAGCUAUCAGUCCUCACAGGCUGGUGCUCAUAAUGGCAGCACUUACUCCUACGCCGCUACCAAUGAUACGGAUUUCCGAGGAUCUUACACCGAUCUCCUUCAGGAUUCGGAAUGA